UUAAAAUAAAUCUCCUGCUGCAGGGUAAUUUCCACCUUCCCGAAAGCCAAAGAGGAAAAAGGAAUUGCGCCUCCCGCUACGCUAUUACCGCCGGCGGCCGCUGCCAUGGACGUUGGCGCGAAGGAGGAGGAGAUGGGUCAAGUGUGGUGGGGCCACCGCGCGUGGUCCCUCCUCUCCGCUGUUCGUGCACGGGCGCCGCUAGUGCAGUGCAUCACCAACCUCGUCUCAAUGGACAUCGCCGCCAACGUGCUCCUCGCCGCGGGCGCCUCCCCGGCUAUGGUCCACUCCCUCCGCGAGGUGCCCGACUUUACCCCGCGCUGCGACGCCGUGUAUGUCAACGUCGGCACGCUCUCGGAGGACUGGCUCCCCUCCAUGCGCGCCGCCGCCUCCGCCGGCCGCCCCUGGGUGCUCGACCCCGUCGCCGCCGCCGCCUCCGGGUUCCGGAUGAAAGCCUGCCUCGAGCUUCUGUCGCUCUGCCCAGCAGUCGUCAGGGGGAACGCCUCUGAAAUUCUCGCGCUCGCUUCCCGCUCAACCGCCGCCUCUUCCAAUUUCAAGGGUGUGGACAGUUCACAUUGCUCUGUUGAUGCUAUUGAAGCUGCAAAAGCGUUGGCACUGUCCAGCAGUGCUGUUGUCGCGGUAUCUGGAGCUGUUGAUUUCGUCACUGAUGGGAAGCAGGUUAUCAGCGUGAGCAACGGUGUGCCCAUGAUGCAGAAGAUCACCGCAACAGGGUGCGCUGUGACUGCUCUUAUUGCUGCAUUUGUUGCCAUGGAACCUUCUGAUGCCAUAGUUGCAGCGGCAUGCGCUCUUGCCAUCUUUGGUCUGGUGGGAGAGAUUGGGAUGGAGUCAGCCAAGGGGCCUGCCUCUCUUAGGAUGCACCUCAUCGACGCUCUCUACUGCCUCAAUGAAGAAACAGUCACUUCUCGGGUUAGGAUUUCCUUGCGACCAUGAUGCGCGGACGCAUGCCAUGGCUACUGUUUUUUCAGUCCAAGCUGAAGACAUGGAGGCACGAUGGAAUAAUGCACGUAGCUGGAUUUGUGUUAUAUGAUUAUAAUCAUAUGGUGCCAUGGAAACAUAGAGGCACGUUGAGAUGCUAAAGCCAUGCAGACACUAGACACAACUGACACCUUAUGAUGAUAAAUAGCAGUAGUAAAUAGAACAAAUGUGAUUCACUUGACGCCCAACAUUUGUUCUUUAUCAGUCCAAGUUGGAGACAUGGAGUCUCCUUGUCACGAUAAAGAGUGGUAGCCAAUAGAGGAAAUACGAUUUAACUGUCACUAUCAAUUGCAAGUUUUGUAAUGAGGUCCUGAGCCUCAGAAUCAUAGGUGUAUGAAUCAGAAAUCUCAGUAAUCCACUUUGGAUUGCAUGAUGAUAAA